AUGGGCAUGAGCAGCGCGCCGACAGGAGUGUCGAAUGGCGGCUCGACCAUUCCGAUCAUAGAAAUCGCGACCUAUGCGGGCGUGGACGUGUACGAGUGCUACUGCCGGGGUAAGGAGUCGAGCAUCGUGAUGCGGCGUCUGCACGACGACUGGGUGAACAUCACGCAGGUGUUCAAGGUGGCGACGUUCUCGAAGACGCAACGAACGAAGAUCCUAGAGAAGGAGUCCGCAGACAUCAGCCACGAGAAAAUACAAGGCGGUUACGGGAGGUUCCAGGGCACCUGGAUCCCCCUUGACAGCGCUAAGGGCCUCGUGGCGAAGUACGAGAUUACGGACAUCGUUGUACUGACGGUCAUAAACUUCCAACCAGAUCCGAUGAACAUGCCGCCGCGGCGCUCCAAGAAUUCCAUCAUCAAGAAGCUGUCACCAGCUACGCGCAUAACUUCACCUUCCAGCUACAACAAGACCCCGAAAAAGAAGGUCUCGGAAUUGGCAAACCAAUCAACGACAGGUUCUGUAUCAAAGAAGACCAGGAAAAGAGCUGGCGCCAAAGCCGCGCAGCCUUCGCCGCUGCAAAACCUUGUGUUCCAAACACCGCAGCAGCAGCACCGAAAUAGUCAACAACAAACGAAUUAUACAAUAGUGGGCCAUGAUCAAGAGACACCCAUUAACUCUAUUAUGGUGGUGGAGACAACAAGUAGCAUGCAGAAGCGCACUCACCGGCGAUCAGCCUCUAGCGUCAUGUUACUGCCACCAGCACCCUCUAAUAAGAAGCCCGAAGCAAGUCUUCCACCGGCCCCAGCCACCUCUUCGAGUAGUAAGCAGCAUCGUUAUGCUGCCACUCAGAAACCGCUUCAAUUCUAUCCAUUCCCUGUUCCUACUUCUACCUCCAAUAACAUUCAAGAUAUUCACAUCAUCUCAGAAAACCCAAAUCAAAAACACAAGACAAAGAAGUCUGCUAAUAAACCUAAAAGUAAACAGGGCGCCCAAGUAGUACAAACGCCUGCUCAAACAAAGAAACCACCGCCCGGAAAGGCCAACCCAAAGAUGUCAAGUUUUACAAUACUACCGCCAAUAACAGCUAUCCAUAAAACAAGCACAUCUAGUGGAUCUAACACAUCGCAUGGCUCUUCUAUUGACUGCUAUUCUUCGAAUGAUAACCCCACUCCAAUUUCCUCGAGGUCAGGCUCGCCACAAAGUAAGGAGACAUUUACUCCCUCCGAGUAUAAAAAUCUGAUAUUACAGGUGCUGUCCACUGAAUAUGAUAGCUGCGAACCAGUAUUACCCGAGAAGAUGUACUAUCCACCGAUUGGUCUAGAUGUUAAUUUCAUCAUUGAUAAGCAGGGACAUACUUCCCUACAUUGGGCGGCAGCUAUGGCAAACAUCCCGCUGAUUAAGAUACUGCUAACAUUGGAGGCCGAUAUAUUCCAUUGUAACGACAAGGGCUUCAACUGCAUUACCAAAAGUAUCUUCUAUAAUAACUGUUAUAGGACGGGGGCCUUUUUUCUGAUAGUAGAGCUUCUGCGAAUGUGUCUGGUUACACCCGAUGCUAAUGGCAGACUACCAUUACAUUACCUGGUUGAAUUAAGCGUUAAUAAAUCCAAAGACCCGUUAGUCACCAAUUAUUAUAUUGACACUAUCCUCGACGUUCUGUCGAAAGAUGAUCCCUCGGUGUUAAAGAUGUGUUUGAAUUAUCAGGAUAGCAUUGGGAACACAGUUUUACAUCUUGCCGCGCUAAACAUGAAUUUGGCUUUGUCGAAUAAGCUCUACUAUAUGGGGAGCUCUAUGGAAAUUUUAAAUUCACACCAACAGACGCCAGCAUCCAUCCUUUCCAAAGCUAGUAUGACCCAGCCUAUACCAAACGUUAUUAACACACCAAUGCCCACGAUGAUGCCUACUCCAAUGACAGCACCUAUAUCCGCCAACACGGGACAGGUGAGUUUCCGCAAAAAGCAGUCUAAGUUGAACACCCCGUUGAGGCCACGAAAGAGCAAUAAGGAUGACAUCAUCAGCGCAACCCGCCAUAAGGUUCAGUUAUGUGAAACCACAUUCACCGAGACACCGCAGAAUCCAACCGUAGUUACUAGCGCCACUCAUUCCACGAGUAUGCCUGAACCUUCUUCUGAAUUAGCAAAAACGCCCUCUCAUCACGAGAAGCUCUUCGCGCUGGACAGGAUUGCUGAAUUAAACAGUACGCCCGUCCUCAAGGUAACCACGCCAGGAGGUACUGCGAUGAAGGAACUCAGUGUGCCCGCGGCAUCGCAAGAGACGAUAUCAGAACAUCGAUAUUCUGUCGCAGUAGACCCUUUAAUGCAGAUACAGAAAUCCACAAGAUUGACGUUCCCAAACGUGGCGAACACCGCCCAGGAAUUUUCAGAACUAUCACAAUCCCUCACAGAGGCAAUAGAACAGAACUUUAUUAAACUGGGAACCGAAAUCGCGAAGGCGACCGAGGGCAUCGAAGGCAUCGAUCGGUCCUUGAAGUUCUCAGAGAAGCAAGUUGCCGAUAUCCUGGUUAAACACGGAGUUACCGACACAGAGCAGCUCAAACACAAGAUCCACGAUGAGCAGAACGCGCUGCAGGCACAGAUAUCACGCUUCGCAAACUCUAUCGAGAAGUCGCAGGCCCUGACUCUCGCCACCCUAGUGCACGACGAAGAGGAAAAGGCUGACGCCGAUAGCUCCCAUGAACAGUCUACCGAAGGCGCCAAGCAACUCUUCCGCCUCGGCCUCGAACUAUCGCUUCUCCAACUCAAGCGCAAACACAUCAUAGACAAGGUUUGCAGGGCUAAGACGACCAUCAACUCCGGCACAAAGAUAUACAAGUACCGCAAGCUUAUAGGCAUCUCUUCGGACGACAUAGAAUCCAAACUGAACGACAUCGAGAACGAUCUGCGCGGAGCAGUUGCCUAA